UUCUUUCAAUUCUCAAUUCAAUUUGGAGAAAAAGAAAAUAGAUUCACCGUGAGCAAAGGAAUCGGAUAAUCUAGUGGGUGUCAUGGCGUCCUCUAAGGUCAUACCGACGACGUCACAGACUACCGAUCUGCCACGUCAGUCGUCUCUAUGCUCUUCGCUCUCCACUCUCUUCGCCGAUCUUCAGAGCCAACAAAACAAUCCAAACCAAUCUCAGAACGGCCUCGGUUCCAUGAACAUGGACGAUUUGUUGAAAAACAUCUGCUCCUCUCCACUGCCGUCUAAUCCCGACGCGCACCCGCAGUUCGCCGGCGUUUCUCUAUCAGGCGGAAGUGAUUUCUCACUUCCGAGGGAUGUGACGAAUAAGUCCGUCGAUGAUGUUUGGAAGCGGACGGUGGUCGGUGGCCGUGAUCAGAGACGGGGGGAUCGUCCACCCGAAGGGAUGACUUUGGAGGAUUUUUUGGCGAAAGCUGGGGCGGUUAGAGAAGAGGACGUGAGGGGAGUUUUUGAUCAAGUGGGAGUUGGUGCAGGGGUUUAUGCUGUGGACCAGGCCGUUAUCAACGGUGGUCUGAAUCGGUUUUCGGCUUUUGGAAACAACGGCGGCGUAGAUCAUCAGACGUUGGUGGCGAUAGCUGGUGGAGGCGUUAGAGGAAAGCGACGCGCCGUGGAGGCUCCGCCUUUGGAUAAAGCGACGCAGCUGAAACAGAAGAGGAUGAUCAAAAACAGAGAAUCUGCUGCUAGGUCCAGGGAACGCAAACAGGCUUAUACGGUUGAAUUGGAAACUCUGGUGACGCAAUUGGAAGAAGAGAAAGCCCAGUUGCUGAGAGAAGAGGCCGAAUUGAACAAGAGGAGGUUUAAACAGCUGAUGGAGAACCUGAUCCCUGUUGAGGAGAAACGAAGACCACCUCGAGUUCUUCGGCGAGUUCAUUCUAUGCAAUGGUAAAUAUGGCAGUGAUGGAUCAUUUUAUUUUUCUUUUUUUGUGCCUCGACAUUUUCAAAUCAUAGAUAAAAUGAACUGCUAUUACAAGUUGGAGUCAUAUAUAUGAGAAGGAAAAGCAAAGAUGAAAUAGGGAAGUAGGAACUUUCUUCAAACUUUUGGGAACAUUAGGGACCUCCUUUUGCAUUGCAGUUGAAGAUGGAGGCCUGGUCCUUUUAACUUAUGAUAUACUUUUGGAUAUUUGCUUAGAUAGAUAGUGUAAAUGUUUGAGUAAAUGAAAAAGAUUAUCACGUGUAAA